AUGAGUCCUCCAAAAAAUAUAAAAAUAGUACUAAUGGGUAAUACUGGAACCGGGAAGACUUCGCUCAUCACUUCUUUCUUAUAUGGACAUCCUGUUGUUCCUAAAAAACCCAUACUCUUUGGCGCAUUCUACAAGGAGAUUGAAGUACAAGAAACCCAAUAUAAAUUGAGCUUGUGUGAUACAUCAGGUUCGAAGGAGCUUAUAAAGCUGCAGGAAAUGACAUUUCUGGAUGCAGAUCUACUGGUUGUGUGCACUGCCCUCAAUGACAAGACUGGACUCAAAUCUGCAGAAAUGUAUGCAGAGUCAUGUGCAAAGGCCAAGGUUCCGAUACUACUUUGCCUCACAAAGGCCGACCUUGGCAGUGCAAUCACUCGACAGGAAAUAGAGGAUUUUGUUGAGCAUCACAAAUUAAACGGAAUAGUGCAAUGUUCUGCAAACGACAGCCAGUCUGUGAGGCAGGCAAUUGAAAGGAUGAUAGAGUAUGCAAACUUGGGCAUAGUGCUUGAGAGGGGAUAUUGCAGAAGGGUGUUUAGGUGCUGCUAG